AUGUCUCCGACUUGCGGUCGUCUUGUCUCCGCUCUCCAGCUUGCCUCCUCGGUUCUCGCUGUGACUGCUGGACUGACUCCCUCGACUCCCUCUCUCGAUUCGAGGCAAGAGAACAGGGCUCCUUCCUGCAAAGCUGUCCCCGGAACUCCAUCCUGGCCGUCGACCCGGGACUGGAACCGCCUCAAUGAGUCCCUUGCCGGAAGACUGCUGCAACCAACUCCUCCAGGAGCUGUCUGCCAUCCCGGACAAGGAUCCUACAACCCCACAGAGUGCGAAGCCGUCCGCAAAGGAUGGCCAACCUACGAGUUCCACCAAGCAGACCCCGUCUCAGUCGACUGGAACCAAUGGACCAACGACUCCUGCCUUCCAUUCGAGAAUACUCCAUGCAGCGGUCAAGGAUAUCCUGUCUUCGUUAUAAAUGCCACCGAGCCGCGUCACGUCCAGCUCGGCGUCCAAUUUGGUGAGAACACCACCUAUACGAAGUAUAUAACCCCUAUUCCGGUGUUGGUACUAACCUUUCACCCAGCGAAAAAGCACAACGUCAGACUCAUCGUCAAGAGCUCUGGCCACGACUAUAUUGGCCGCUCAGUGGCUCCCAACUCGCUCUCUAUCUGGACGCACCACAUGAAAGACAUCAAGACCCAUGAUUCAUUCCGUCCGAAACGGUGCAAGACCACCAUCAAGGGCACCGCCGUCACUGUUGGCGCCGGUACCCAGAUGUGGGAUUUGUACAGCGCCCUCGACCUCCUAAACCAGACGACUAUCGGGGGCGGCGGGAAAACAGUUUCGGUGGGCGGCUAUGUCACUGGCGCUGGCCACGGUCUGCUGGCACCAAGCCAUGGCCUCGCCGCAGACCAGGUUCUCGAAAUGGAAGUAGUAACGCCGGAUGGCAAGAUCGUAACCGCCAACGAAUGCCAAAAUCAAGACCUCUUCUGGGCCAUGCGCGGUGGGGGCGGCUCAACUUUCGGCGUCAUGACUUCCGUCACAUUGAAGACCUUCCCAACUCCCAAACUGGAGUCCGUCACCGCCAUCAUCGCCACCCCGCAGAUCGACGACCCACGCCCUAUCUUUGACAUGACCGCUUAUGUCCUCAGCCAGCUCCCGUCUAUGGGAGACAAGGGCCUGUCCGGCUAUUCUUAUGUCUUCCGCCAGUUCCGUAACCCCUUGGAUGGCGGCAAUACCACCGUAGGUGGCCUCAUCUUUGGCGGCGUGAUACAGAACUCGUCGCCCGAGGUGCUGCGCGAGCUGUGGGAACCCGUGUUUGCGCACGUCAAGGACACCUGGCCCGACUUGUUCAUGACAAUAUACUACGAGCCCAAGUCGUUUCCGUCCUUUCUCGGCUGGUUCUCAGAGAACUACGACACUACCCCGGCCGGCGAGAGCAGCCAUGUCGGCUCCAGACUCCUCGACCGAGACGCCCUGACCAAGAAUCUGACUAGACUUUCCGAGGCGUUUGAGCGCUUUACCGACGGUGAUGUGUCGACGGCUUAUCUAGUCUCCGGAAAGGGCGUGCACAACGCGAAGCCGAGGGGCUGCAGUGGGAAUGCGGUUCUGCCGGCUUGGCGGAAAGCCUACAUUCACUCGACCACGGCCGUCUCGUUCGACCCUCUCGACCCCGCUGCUUCUACGGCCGCAGAGGCGCGGCUCAAGAACCGCGUGGCGGCGCUGAGGGAGCUGGCGCCCAACAUGGGCGCGUACAUGAACGAGGCUGACUAUCGCGAACCGAACUGGCAAAAGGAGUUCUGGGGCUCUAACUACGAGCGACUUGUCUCCAUCAAGCGGGCCGUCGACCCCGACGAUGUGCUCUGGUGCACCCCUUGCGUCGGCAACGAGCGGUGGGAGCAAGUGGAUGACCGCCUGUGCCGUGUCCAAGGCGGGAGCCUGUAG